UGAGUGUGAAGCUUAAAAUAAACAUCGGAUGUUUAGUGGUCAACCGUUAAAUAGUCCCUGUUACUUGCUACGCUUACAAUUCGUAAUGAGUUGUCAGGCUUAACUGUACAACGUGAUAUAUCGGAACAAAAUGGGUCCGUCAAUAAAACUUUUUCUACUGCUCAUGAUAGCAAAUAGUCACUUGGGUUUCGGAGAUAAGGCGUACAAAGUAAUAAACUUCAAAGUACCUCUAUCUGUUUGGAGACAAGCGUUACAACCGACUCCAGUUUUAAAAUCGCCUAUAACCAUUACGGUACCCAUUAACGUUCAGGGCGGGGAUUAUGAUAACGAGAUUGAAGACGAAGAAGAAAAUGAAGAAAUAGAACAAAUCGCAGAAGAAGCGGUUGAGACUGCCACUGAGCCUGCUGCCUUACAAGAACCAGUACCAGUAGUAGCAAGUACUCCGGCUCCAGUCAUAACUCAGAGUCCAUUGCUACAGGAUGAAGUGGCAAGUCAGGCUCCAGAACCAACCGUGCCUGGUCAAGUCAUAAGGUUCCCUUGCGCGUGCCGUAAUGGACAAUGUGGAUGCUGCACAGGCGCUUUAAUGGACCGAUUCCGUAUGAAAACGUGCGGUAACAUCACCUUUGUCCCUGAAGACUUCGUAUUCGAUGUAAGGAUGACCAUCAAUAAUAACACCGUCGUUCGACGACGUGUUUCUGCUAGCGAUCCGCCGCCGAUUUGUUUCAAUCCAAGAAGAGUUCCAUUCGUGCGCGUUUGUGCCGAAAUAUCGAACAUACGGAUAAGAAACAGAAAUGCGCACGCCUGUUUGGAUAUCAGCGCCGAUAUUGGAGGAUUUCCUGUCUACUCAGCAUCCUUCAGAUGUUUCAGUUUGGGAACGAAAGGACUUCAGACAGGAUUAAAGCCAAAGCCGGUUUCUUCAGGGCCUGCACCUGUCAAUCUAUUUGGUAAUACGAACCGUGAUGACGAUGACGAUGGCGGCGGUGGCUUCUUGGCAAACGCAGCCGGCUCCGUUUUCGAUGGUGAUGGCUUAUUCGGAGGCGGGGGUUCAGACGACGACGGAGGCCCAUUAGACGCAAUCGGUGACGCGUUCGGUGACUUUUUAGCAUCAAUAGAAGAUAAAUUGAACACAACAGAAUUAGACGUCACCAAUGGAUCAGAAUUAUUCGAAGUGCCUGAUGACUUCUUGCUAGCCCUACACCAAUUACAAAGCAAUGCAACGCUAGUGAGGUCUUUACUGUCAAGACAGAAUCAGGAAAGUGGAAAUGGGACCCAGGAAACUUCGACAAGCAAUAGACGCUGUGUUUGUGAUAAGGGUGUCUGUAAAUGUUGUACGGGGGCCGUUUUGGAUUUGUUCAACCAGAAGGCUUGCAUGCGAGUGACGUAUCGCCCGGGAGACUUCGCUUUUGAUGUUGCUAUGUCUCUUAAUAAUAGGAUUCUUUAUGAGAACUCAAUGUCAGUUCCAGGCAAAAACCCUAAACCGAUAUGCAUAAGUCCACCAAGAAUCAACAAUUUGAAAGUAUGCGCGAAGUUUUACAACGUAUUCUUCCCAGGGCGGAACUUUCACUUUUGUUUAGCAAUGACAGGACACUGGCGGUCGUUCGAGCUCUUCAAUUUUGCCUUUGACUGUCUCCGGAUGGGAGCCAACGGCUUGGUUAUGGUGAAGCCAGAUGAAGGUGGUGGACUUCCUAUACCGAACCCUCAAGGAGGAGUAGACGCUGUCAUCGAUGCUGGAGAGGAUGACAUCGAAGAUUACGAUGAAAAUGUUGUCCGAUCUGUAUUCGGCGAUCUGUUUGAACGAUAAGGCUAACUGAGAAACAGAGAAUAAAAGCAUGCCAACAAAUUAUAUUUUUUUAAGAGUGAGCAUAGAUCGAAUCACGCAAAUGUAUGGAUAUUGACAUUCCUUUUUGACAAGUUGCGUGACUUUAACUUGUCAUUUCAUUCUAUCAAUUUGAGUUAUUAGAUCAGCGUUAGUACACGUAUAGAUAUGUACGGGCUAUGUCGUACCGGUGACUUAAGGCUAAAGCUUAUAUUUCAUUGUCAUUAAGUUAUUUAAUAAAUUAUUAUAGAUUUA